CUCCUCAAUAGAUUCUCUCAGCCCAUGACUGGGCUAUCUGAUCUAAUGCUCCAUGUCAGGACUCCUGUUAAACCCUGACUCUGGAUCUUCCGGCCGAGCUUCGUCAAGUCGCAGUCCAACAGUUGCGGCAUCAUCUUCAACAGGCGAUCGCUUUGAAGAUGACCUUGAGCUUGAUGCUGAUGAGCUCUCGCGACCAAACGGAGCACCAUACAAUGACGUUCUAGAUGGCGCCGUGUCUUUCAAGCGCAAGCAGAAGAUCCAGCCGCCGUCAUUCACUUCUCGCUUCCUACCGGCCUCAUUCAGUCUGCGCUCCAAAACCUCGACAAAUGUGCAAACCACACCGAUAUCACCGCCGAGGCGGCUUCGUGCCCGCGACAUUAAUCACAUCGAGCCAUCAUCGGACAAUAUACUGAACUAUCUCAAUGCGCCUGCCGAUGCAGGGGCUCAUUUACACGACACAAAGGAUGCCGGGGCAUUAGACUGGUAUGUGGAGGGCCCUGGGAGGCGAGUAGGUUACGACGAUCUCACCGCAAUCGAUUGGAUAUACGAGUAUAGCAAAGAGCGCACACGACUACGACAAUUAGCAGCGAAUGCACCAGGACUGCUGGGCCAGAUCAAGCUUGUAGCCGACGCGAGUCACAUAUGGUGGAUUUUGGUAGCGACUGGUCUCGCCGUCGGAGGCAUCGCCGCAGGGAUCGACAUCACUAGCGAUUGGCUCGGGGAUCUGAAAACGGGCAUGUGCAGCAAUGUUCAAGAUGGAGGAAGGCUCUAUCUCAACAAGGUUUUCUGUUGCUGGGGCGGCAGCAGUCUUGCGGAAUGUCCAGAUUGGCGAACAUGGAGCCAGAUCACGGGCGUACGAAACUCAGGGGGAAGCUACAUCGUCGAAUAUGCGUUCUUCGUUCUACUCUCGGUACUGUUCGCUACAUGUGCGAGCUUACUGGUCAUCAACUUCUCUCUAUACGCAAAACAGAGUGGUAUACCAGAGGUGAAGGUUGUCCUCGGAGGAUUCGUCAUUCGCCGCUUCCUCGGUGCCUGGACGCUGAUUGUCAAGUCUCUGGGGCUCUGUCUCGCAGUCGCAUCCGGAAUGUGGCUAGGAAAAGAAGGGCCACUCGUCCAUGUGGCAUGCUGCUGCGCCAAUGUCUUCAUGAAGCUCUUUGAUGGGAUCAACAGCAAUGAGGCCCGCAAAAGAGAAGUGCUUUCUGCUGCGGCCGCAAGCGGAAUCUCGGUCGCUUUCGGUUCUCCUAUCGGUGGUGUACUGUUCUCGCUUGAGCAGCUGUCUUAUUACUUCCCGGACAAGACAAUGUGGGCGUCAUUUGUGUGCGCAAUGGUCGCUGCAGUGACUCUACAGGCAAUUGAUCCAUUCAGAACCGGCAAACUUGUGCUUUAUCAAGUCACAUAUCAUAGUGGCUGGCACGCCUUCGAGUUGCUGCCCUUUGCAAUCCUCGGUAUCAUGGGAGGACUUUAUGGGGCUCUGUUCAUCAAGCUGAAUAUGCGCGUCGCAGCCUGGCGCGCCUCACCCAAAAAUUACUUUCAACAACACCCAGUACUCGAAGUUGUCGCCGUUUCCUUAUUGACUGCCCUGGUCAGCUUUCCCCUGACCUUCCUGAGGGCACAGUCGACUGAACUUGUACAACAUCUCUUCGUCGAGUGCCGAGACAUCACCGACGACUUCCUUGGCCUCUGUAAGUCUGGCGUCGCUAAUACGGGUGUCAUAUUUAUGCUGCUUGUCUCAUCAGUCAUUGGCUUCCUGCUAGCUGGCAUCACCUUUGGGCUGCGGAUUCCGGCCGGUAUCCUACUCCCUUCAAUGGCGGUCGGCGCUCUUUACGGUCGUGUCGUUGGGCUCAUCGUCGAAGUCUGGCAAAGAGAGCAUCCCAACUUUAUAGCGUUCGCAAGCUGUGAGCCUGACAGACAGUGUGUCACGCCUGGUACCUAUGCUGUCAUCGGCGCCGCCUCUGCGCUUGCAGGCGCAACCCGCAUGACAGUAUCAAUUGUGGUCAUCAUGUUCGAACUCACGGGCGCCUUGACGUACGUCCUGCCCAUCAUGAUCGCUGUCAUGCUAUCGAAGUGGGUAGGAGACGCAUUCGGAAAGCGAGGCAUUUACGAAAGUUGGAUUAGGUUUCAAGGGUAUCCUUUCCUAGACAACAAGGACGAUCGACUGGUUCCUGAUGUUCCUGUCAGCCAGAUCAUGACCCGUGUGGAUGAUCUCGCCUGCAUCACAGCUACUGGACAUACAAUCGAGACGCUUCGGGAGCAUUUGAGAGAGCAUCGCUUCCGAGGUUUCCCGGUUGUGACCAACACUCGCGAGGCUGUCUUGCUUGGAUAUAUCUCUCGCACGGAGUUGGAGUUCGCGCUCGAUGCCGCAGUUUCCGUUCAACGUGCGUUGCCAACAACGACCGAGUGCUACUUCCAGCAUCAGCCUCUCGCAGAUCCGAACGUUACACUAGAUCUUCGCCCGUGGAUGGAUCAGACCCCCAUCACGUUGAGCUCGCGAUCUUCCCUCCAGCUAGCAAGCGACAUGUUCCAAAAGCUCGGACUUCGCUACAUCAUAUUCUGCGAUCGAGGACUUCUUGCGGGUCUAUUGACAAAGAAGGAUCUCUGGUACGUAUUGAACGAGGGUGAGGAAGGACGAAUUGGGUCUGGCGGUGGCGUUUUGAGGGAAGAAUUGACCGGCCAAGAGGACGAAAGAGGACUUCUGAAUCGACGCGAUAGCAGUGGUGGAUUUCCAGAUGAUCUGGAAGGACCGCACACAACCGCAAUUCAUGAUUAGAUUUAUGUAAAGUUCACGAAAUAUAUCAUUCAGUCAUUUUUUGCAGACCAAAG